GUAUCAUUUAAAAAGGUCCAACUCACGAACGGCUUCGGAACUCCGCUUACCGAGUUGGUUGUUUGCGCUCAGCAGCCUGUUUCCCGGUUGGAUUCUCGGGCGCGCCGUUACCUCCCAGAGACUGUUGUCAGCGCCAUGAAUCGGGUCUUGACUUCGGCCAGAUAAGACCAUCCAUGGCCCGCUGUGCUGCCUGCUUCCUUCUGCUCCAAAGAACAUGAAGCCGGUGGGAAUUGAUAAGGAAGACACAGGUAAGGAAAGGUUUCAGAGACAAGUCAAAGGUCACGUUCCCGGCAAAACCAAGCGGUUGUCGUCUUGCAAGAGGAAGAGUUGCCCUGUGGCGGAUGUGGGCUUGAAGCUGCACUGCAAAGGCACCGAUGUAGGCCGUGUCCAUGACCCUGGCAUGGCCAACAAGGAAAAUGAACUGAUGUCCUCUGCAGAAGUGCGGCCCUAUCAUUGCCAUGACCGCUGCCGGAUCCCGGUGAACUCUGCAGCGGCCUCUAAAAUGGAAGGGGCCAGCUCCAAAUACAUGACAGACAUUACAGAGCUAUCGAAGGACCACGAAGCGAUGACUCACAUCCUGUUUGAAAGGAGCCUCCGUCUAAAAGUCGCCCUCACGCUGUGGCAGAAAAACGCCAGUGAAUUGGUGGCAUAUGUUACGAGAAUACAAGACACCGGAGUGCUGCUCGACUGUUUACCCGUCUUAACAAAGAACCUUCAGACCGAAGCGUCCUGUCUGUCACUUGGAUGCUGCGUCGACCUCAUGCCUCAGCUGAAAUUGAUACUCGCUAGUAAAUAUGAACAACACCUGCUGGUGGCGCUACACUGGGUUCAGUCAAUCAUCAGGAAGUGGUGGCCGGAGCUUUCCAAGAAUGAGAAACAACUGCAGGACAGUUGCUCAGAGGACAGGAACGUCCGAGUCAUGAGGCAGCAGCUGAAGGACUUGUGGAAAGAGGGUGCGCGGUUGUGUUCGGCUCCUGGGUUAACUGGGGAACUGGCUCAGACGGUGCAGGAUUCCCUCUCUCAGCUGCCCUGACCUUCGUAGCACUUUGAGGAUGUGACCACUACUGCUGAGUCGUGGCUUUGUUUUAACCAAUACCAGCACCGGGACGGGGAAAAAAUACUUGUUCUCUCUGCCGCUGCAAACCUCUCCGGACUGAAACUCCUCGACUGGUCAGCAGGACCGCAAUGGCGUCGCUGCUCGGGAGGACGCGCAGCAGGCGACUGCUUCACAUUGAAGUGGGCUGAUGUGCGGGAGCUCCACGUCGCGCUCCAUCAAGUGCCAAGAUCUUUUGUGUCAUGAAGGCUCCCGUGUUUUAUUGUUUUUAGCCUGGGUUCUUCUGAAAUCAGGAACUUGAAUCAACAGUCUUAAGUUAUUAGACUUGUUUUCAUCUUGUCUACAUGUUUGACUCUAUGAUGUAAGAAUGUGAUUGUUUUAGUCUGUAAAUAAAAACCAAAAA